GUUACUCGAGAAGAGCUUUGCAAAAACUUUGAUAUACUGGAGAUCUCUAUAAGCGGCCUUCACAAACACAUAACCGAGAAGUGUUGGCUGUCAUUGAAGAAUGCCACAAAAUAUACACGUGAAAGAGAUUCUCCCCACACUAUCGAUUUACGAAAUGAGAUUGUCAGCGAAUGGAAGCGUGUAGGCGUAGACUUUCAAAAGAACUUCGUCUUUAUUGACGAGGCUGGGUUUCAUUCCCAAAUGAUGAGAAACAGGGUGUGGUCAAGAAAAGGAGUGCCUGCCAUCGUCAAAAUACAUACACAAAAAGGUUUCAACGUCAGUAUUGUUGGUUGUAUUGCGUCUUUUGGUAUAGUUAAUUUCUCUAAAGUAGAUCCAAUUAAAAAAGUUGAUGCCAAAAUCAUUGAAAGAGAGUUU